AUGCAUUCAAAGCUUGUCAUCAUCGGUUCUGGCCCUGCUGGCCACACCGCAGCCAUCUAUGCUGCGCGCGCCGAUCUGAAGCCUGUCAUGUAUGAGGGCUUCCUUGCGCUCGGCAUUGCCGCUGGUGGCCAGUUGACCACCACCGACGAGGUCGAGAACUACCCCGGCUUCAAGUUCAUCCAGGGUGCUACUCUUAUGGACCAAAUGCGCGCCCAGUCUGAAGCCUGCGGCACCGAGAUCAUCUCGCAGACCGUCGGCAAGGUCGAUCUGAGCCAGCGUCCUUUCAAGUACUGGCUCCACCCCAUGGGCGACGAUGAUACCCUCGAGGAAGAGACCCACACUGCGGACACCAUCAUCAUUGCUACUGGCGCCAAGGCAAGGAGGCUGGAUCUACCUGGCGAGGAGAAAUUCUGGGGCAAUGGCGUCAGCGCCUGCGCUGUCUGCGAUGGCUCUGCUCCGAUUUUCCGCAACAAGCCCCUUGUCGUCAUCGGCGGCGGUGACUCGGCCGUUGAGGAGGCCAUCUAUCUCACGAAGAAGGCCUCAAAGGUCUACGUUCUCGUGCGCCGCGAUGUCCUGCGUGCGUCGAAGUCCAACGCGAAGAGACUCGAGAGCAACCCCAAGGUUGAGAUCAAGUACAACACUGGCGGUGUCGAAAUCAAGGGCGAGGAGAAGGCCGGCGGUCUCAUGACUCAUCUUGUCGUCAAGAACAACAAGACCAACGAGACGGAGACGCUGGAGGCCAAUGGUCUCUUCUACGCUGUUGGCCACGACCCUGCCACUGCCCUGUUCAAGGGCCAGCUGGACAUGGACGAGGACGGCUACCUGAUCACUGAGCCUGGCCGUGGCCUCACCAACGUUCCCGGUGUCUUCGCUGCCGGUGACGUCCAGGACAAGCGCUACAGGCAGGCCAUCACCAGCGCCGGUGCCGGCUGCGUUGCGGCGCUCGAGGCGGAGAAGUUCAUCGUGGAGCACGAGGACGGGCCCGAGAACCCUCUGGAGGCCGAGUCGGAGACCAAGAAAUCCCAGGCCAACGGCGUCGUUCCCGAGUACCGCUCGAACCCUACUCUCUAA